UCGCUUUGUAGCCAGGCCUAGCCUCGACUCCGUGCGACUCGACGCCCCCAGCCUGACAGCUGUUGUUGAGCGAAGCACUGCGCUACCUUCAUCUUUGACCCGUUUGUGUUUCGCCUUCUUCUACAAGCUACUUCUGCGAAACUCUACAGAGACCAUUGCUGCGAUAUUUGAUAAAGCAAACAAAGAAACAGUACGGACGUUACGCUGUAACCUCACCGUAUUCCUUACCAAGACUUAACAAUGUUAAGUGGCCUUGCGCCUAUUUAGCACAUAUGGUCAUGGCUUAGGCCAACCUAUAUCAGGACUGUAAUCUGUUAACUUAACAUCAGUUUGAAGACAUUGUAAAGCAGUUUGCCCAAGAGAUAGUUUCGCCAUGUGUAUUUUCAAUUGUAUCGGGAAAUGCAUUGGCGGUACGUGCAAGUGUGUCGGCAAAAGCCUCAUGGCCUGUUUGCGAGGACUAUGCAAGUGUUUUUGCAACCCCGUCUCGGCAGCCGCCGGCUUCUUUAUCCAAAUCUUCCUCUACGCUGGCUUCCAAGGGUUCAACAUCGGCACAGAUGUAGGCAUCUUCCUGGAAACCACCAAGACAUACGCCAAGUGUUACGAACUCGCGACCACACCCAUCUACCUCACCAACACCACUAACACUACGGACCAGAUCUACUGCGUCAACAAACUCGCGAACGCCACCCAGUCUCACCUUAUGGAUCAGCUGCAGAUUCUCACCAUCCUUGAAGGAACCUUCUUCUUCUUCAUUUGCCUGUCAGGCGCUGUAUACAUGGUGCAUAUAGCCGUGCUAUUCCCAAACGCCUGCAGGCAUUGGCGAGAUGACAACUUUGAGAACAUGUUGGCAGAGGCAUCUCCCUACUACUCAAAGGUGCUUCAGAUCCACACCUACUUCCUCCUUCUCGAGAGCGUCAUCCAUGACGUGCCCAUGUCGUGCCUCGCUAUCGAGAUGUGCGCGCAGAUGUGGGGUAUCGGCGGUAUUAAUUGCUGGGAAUGUGCCUCAUCCCUCGAGGCGUUACCUGCACCACAUGCGCAACCAGGGUGCGAGAUGUGGCUUGGACUUCUCCUCGGCUCCAUCGCACUUGUCAGCAUUUACAAAGGAAUCCUUCCCCUGUACGCAUGGAUCGGUAACCCGUUCUGCUGGGCGUGCUACCCUCUGCGCAUCUGCGUGGUGCUACCGGCCGGCUUCCUCUACUGUGUGCUGGUGCUUGCCCCCUCCAUGGGCGUGGCACUCAACCGGCUGUUCCUCGUGGAGCCCCUGAUGAGACAGGAGAUGGGCACAUACGCCGACACCAUCUGGACCUUCGGGUUAUUCUUCUACGGGAUCAUCGCCAUAGUGUGCGUGGUCUAUUGGCUGCUGUGUGGCAAGUGCAUCUGCGUCAUGUGCUGUGAAUGCAAGAAGAAGGAUGCCAAGGAUGGUAGUGCGGGAUGCCUGUGCUGUUAGGUCUUGUUUUAAAGAAUCUCUGUCAGCCCUUAAAUAGGGGACUUGCGCUAAGAGAUCACGUGACCUUGGUGGCAAAUUCAAAA